AUGUGGUUCCCCUGUGUGGAAUGUCAUUUCAGUGCUAGGGUAGUUGCCUCUUCAGGUUUGAUCCAUGACUCCUUCUGUGCUCAACAUGUCCUCGUGCCUGAUAGGCAAAGCCCAGUUGCCACAACUGACGACCCCUGCUGUUCGAAAAUAUCUCUCCUUUUGCGCUCAUUUUCCACACAACUAAAAGACCUGUGCGCUUCUGUUGGCUGCCAACUCGACUUCAAACCUAUUCCGGCAUGAUCCAACAGCAAGAGUCACUGAACAGUUCACAACCUGCGGUAGGUGUCGUACGCCAAUCAUGCCUGAACUUACGCACCAGAUCACCGUUGAAUAAUGUCAUGUCAAAGCUCGACAACUUAUUGAACUACAAAAAGUACAAAAGGUGAUCACUGACAGUGGUUAAUCAAUCCAAGAAUGAGAAGCAUGUCUGCCGUGAUGUUGAGCAAAAUACAAGAAAGCCAGAAAGGGGGUGCACGAUGCUUACACCAAAUCCCAAUAAUAAAAGAAAAGAGGAAAAGCUGUAAGUAACACGACGAGCAGCAAAAUCCAAAAAAUAUUGAGCAGCCUCAAUCAAAGUACGUCCAGCUAGCGACUCAACUGAAUAUAUCUAUCUUGCAAUAAGCAUGAGUGCGACGCACAAUCGUUUUCACAAUGAUUUGUUGAUUGAUUCACACCAACGACAUCCUAUAAACCAUAUCUCUACACAAAGUCGUCGGAUUUGGAUCAGGUUCUUAGCCGGAGCCAUGUCGUCGCCCUCGUCAUUGCCUGACACUUCCGACGCCGACGUUUCUGACGGCCCCGGGCCGGCCAGCUCCAACCUCACGCUGAUGUACAUCAUCAUCGCCGUCGCCAUCGCCGUCGUGCUGUACUUCGCCGUCGGCUACGGCAGGUCGCUCCUAUCCGAGUGGCGCGCUCGUCACGGCGACGGCUCGCUUCCUGCCACCAACCUCGGGAUGAGCAUGGACGACAUCGCCGCGCUCCCCACCUUCACGUACAGGGCGCGAGCGGCGCCGACGCCGUCGCCCCAGGGCAACUGGGGCGGGAAGAGGAGGAGCGGCAGCAAGGGGAGGGCGGCGGCGGCGUCGGUGGAGUGCGUGGUAUGCCUGCAGGAGCUGGAGAACGGCGACGUGGUGCGCGUGCUGCCGGCGUGCAGGCACUUCUUCCAUGUCAGCUGCAUCGACGCCUGGCUGUGCGCACACUCGUCGUGCCCAGUGUGCCGCGCACACCCCGAGCCUGAGCGAGCGCGCCCCGGCGAGGCUGCCAUGUCGCCACCGUUGCCGCAGCUGCGUCGCUGCGACGUGUCGCCCGAGCGGCCUACGGCGACUAGAAUCUUCGCGGACAUAUUGGCACAAUCGCCGCUGAGGAUCGGAGGCUCGACGAGCGGGUCGAAGGAGAGGAUCUUGUCCAGGUCGCCGUCACCGGCACCCAUGGUGCGUGACUACGUCCUCUCGAUGUCUCCGUCGCGGACGCCGUUGACGCAUGGGAUGGUGGACGAACGGUGUUCGUUGUCGCAGUCGCCGCCCCAGAUGCUGGAGGUUGUGGUGGUUCGGUCGCCUUCUCCGAUGAGGUUCGGCCGUCAGCCUACGACGACGUGCGUUGGCGUGUUGGAAAGCACAGAUGCAAGUAUGUCGGCAUCGCUAUCCCCGCCGGCGACAUUUUUUACAGAGGAGUCGUCUUCUAAAUUGUCACCGGAAGUGCCAUAGCCAUACUAAGUAGCAAGUAUGUACAGGAACAGAGGCAGCAAAUGUUACAUUGCCACCUACUGUCCAUUUAGUUGCACAGUGUGCAUUAAGAUAGAAUGAACAAUGGCUGUCACCAUUGCUUUAAGGUGCAUUUUGGAGCUUGUUAUCCGAUUCUUAGCGCCUGAUCAUUUUGCUGCAAAGAAUGUAAAUAUUCAGUAUCGAGCAUGUUUGACAAAGAAAGAGCAAAGUGCCCUUAAAGCUUUCUUUCUCCCAGUUCAUGAAU